AUGAGUUACGGUCGCAACUCCGCGCCAGAUUUGAUUCGCAACCCGGGCUUCCUUUACGUAGCCGGCGUGAAGCAGAAAAAGAGGAGGAGCGCCACUAUCACAUACCAAUGUGACUUUGGUGGAGACUGUCAGACGGCGGUCGCCAAGUCCACAUAUUUCUGUAAUACUCAUAAAUGCGACGCCGACGAAUGCUAUUCUCUCAAAAAAUUCAACGUCCAAACGGGGAGGCACUUCCUGUACUGCCCAAAGCACAAAUGCGUGAGAGAAACAUGCGAACGAAGUCACCCGACGACGCAACCCCACUGCAUCACACACACUUGCUCCAAAGAAGUCUGCAUUGGUAUGGUAGAGGGCGACGAGAAACUAUGUGCUCGCCAUAUAAGAUGCUCUUACAGGAACUGCCCAAGCAACCGUAUGCAAAAAGAUGGAGAAUACCAGAAAUUCUGCUCACGUCACUCGUCAUGCACAAGCUCUCCAUGCACAAGAGAGAAGAAACUUGGCUCAGAGUUCUGUGACUUGCACACCUGCCCCAUGAGAUACUGUACCAAACGCUGCAGUGGCAACCACUUCUACUGCAGUGACCAUAUCUGCGACCACGACGGAUGUGGUUUUCCGCGAACAUUCUACUUGGAAAGAGACAACGUCGUGCCCACCAAUUACUGUCCCAUCCAUGAGUGUCAAGAACCUAGUUGUCACCUCAACGCCCCCAGCCAAACAUGUGGCUACUGCAGAGCACAUAACUGCGACGAACCAAACUGUAAUGGCCUCAAACUGAUCAAUCCCGGCGGCAAAGCACCCCUCACCAAGUGCCUAACGCACUACAACGAAUUCCGCGACCGUUCUCGACGUCCCCGCUCGCCCCCCACCGCUCCGCCCCCAGCUCCCCCAGCUCCCCCAGCUCCCCCUCCAACCCCCCCAUCCCCCGCCAUAACCCUCACAACCCUCUCCUCCCAAGUCUCCAGGCUCCAACGCACAGCCAACAGCAUACAAGAAAUCGCCCUCAACAGCCGCAGCGCCAGAGCCGGGGCCGCAGGCGACGCACGGGCAGCGUCCGCGGAGGAGGCGGCGGUGGCGGCAGCGGCGGAGGCGGAGAGGAGGUUGGAGGAAGUGUCCAGGGAGCAGAGGUUGGUGGCGGAUGGUAUUAGUCAGCAGGAUGCGAAGAUUAAUGCUAUUUUGAAUAUUUUGAGGGAGAGGAGGCGGUAUGGGUGACAGUU